AUUUUUCCUGAAGCAAGAAAUAUUUUAGUUAAUACGGCGACUGUGCUAAGGACACAUCGGUCAUCAGAAACAUACACGAUUACAUCCGCUGUCCAAGGAACAAUAGAAAAGCUGAGAAAGUAUAAAAUUUCCGUUUUAGUAGGAUAUGGUGGAGAAGGAAAAACGACUACGGCUUAUGAAGUAAUGUGUCAUAUGUUAGAUAACUCCAGGGAUAAUCCACUUACACCCGUUGAAAUAAAAUAUCCAGAGGAAUGGAGCAAAGUAGUAAAUGUCCAUGGGAAUUUUAUUGUUUUCCUUGAUGAUUUCAUCGGUUCAUUUAAUCUAGAUACAGAUGCAAUGGAAAAGUGGAAAAAUCACGUAAAUUUUAUUUUUCCCUCAAUAAAAGGGCAAAAUAUAUAUCUAAUGUUUGGGAUAAGGAAAAAUGUUAUGGAAGCGGCAAAGAACUUUUACCAGUACUAUGAAUUUUUUAGUGAAAGGUAUAUAAUUGACUUCUCCAAAGAAUUUGCCCUGUCAGAAAAGGAAAAAUUAACAAUGCUAGAAGCUUAUGAAAAGAAAUAUAUUAACAAAAAUGCCAGUUUGCAAGGCAAAGAGAUGAAUGGGCAUCUCAAAGAAAAUGCUACAGAGAAAAUAUGUCAAUUAUCAGACUUGGAUAAAACAAAAAUUGUCCAGUCUAAUCCUUUUUAUGGUUUUCCUCUCACAUGUUUCCAGUUUUUCACAAUACGAGAAUGUUAUGAACUUGGGCCUGCAUUUUUUUUGCGUCCAAACCGAGAGCUAUUUACACGAAUAGAAAACAUGCGCACUUCAAACAAUACAUACGAAAAAAUACGUUACACAGUUUUGUCUUAUAUUUUUGUACAUGGAUCUAUUUGUAUUGUAGACUUCGACGUUGCCUUAUAUGAGACUGUUUGCAGUAAAGUACGUUUAGAAGGCAUCACGAAAAUUGAAAUACAGGAUGCUAUACAUUCAAUGGAUGGAUCAUUUCUUUCUAAAUCAUCAAAAGGAAAAUACGUGUUUUCACAUGACACAAUUUUUGAGACAGUUUUAGUAUCAUUUGGGCAAUUGGCACCCGAUGUUGUAAUUAAAAUGUGUAGUAGACAAAAAUUGCAAGAACUGAUUCGAACCGAAAACUGUGAGAUGAAGCAGCAUGAAGUUGUUCUGAAGAUUACAAAAGAAAACUUCAGUGAUCUUUGCCAGAGAAUGUUGCAUGGUGAUGAUGGCGAUGAUAUCACAUCAAAACCAUUGCUUGCAGCUAGAGACAUAGCCUGGCAUCCUGCUUCCACCGAUCCCAAUUUUGUGUCUCAUCUUUUACAUUUGGAUGCUUCAGAAAGACUGAUUGACGUUCUAUCAGAGCUCCUGAAAGUAUUGCCAUUUUGUCCACAAAAAGAACCGACACUACUUUUUAUGUUGUUGGAAGAUUUUGGUCCACACAUCACCAAUCUAGAAGAAUCAAGAAAACCCACCAUAACUGAUGCAGCUAUUUUCAAAUUAGUUUCAGAAAUUGUGCAGUUUACAUGUGAUAAGGAGAAAUACAUUUUAUGUAUACUGAGAUAUGUACAAAAAUAUAGAAAUGUUGAAAAUCUUGUAGAUGCAAAGAUCGGAGGACAGUCUUUUCAUAGCCUGUCUCUCAUUCACUAUUGUGUACUUCAUGGCUGGAGUAAUGCUGUAAAUUUUAUCCUUCAGUAUAGAGAUCCAAUAAAAACGGGGGAAAAUUGGACAUGUGCUCAUAUAGCAGCAUAUGCAGGACGUUUUGAAUUACUGAGCAAGUUUGAAGCUCGUAAUCAGGAUGUAGAAAGAUUAGAGAGGACAAACGAAGGUUAUUCAGUACUUCAGACUGCAAUGCUUGGUCUCAGGUACGGACUUGGUGAGGUGUACAAACCGUCUUACAGCAUGAAAACAGGCAUGUUCUAUUCUUUUCAUUUUAGCAUUGUAUUUCCAGGAGAGGAAAGCUUUAGAAACGUGUUGAAUUUUUUGCUUCAAGUUGGGAACACUAAAACAACACCAAAUGACAUCGAAAUGCGCGUGGAUGAUAUUCAUAACGACAAUGCCGUUAUACAUGCUUUAGUUAAUCACUCUCAGUAUGAUACCAAUAGGCGUUAUUGUGAUCCCACACAGAAAUAUGGAAAUAAUAUAGUGUUUUACUUGACUAUUCAUAAUUAUGCAGAUAUCCUGGUUCUGUUACUCAAAGAAAAUAGAGGUAUUGCACUUUACAGGAAUGAAAAUGAACUGCCGACUCCAUUACACUUGGCUGCAUAUCUUGGUAGAUAUAAAAUUGUGAAAAUAUUAUUGGAAUGUGGAGUAUUUGUUCAAACCCCUGCCUUGGAACUAUCUCUUCUGGAAGCAGUCAAAAGUGGUGAAAAACUUUGUGGAAGAACUCUACGAUAUGACUUGAUAAAGCAUGAAAAAAAUGAUUGGAUAUCUUGCUGGAAUGAUGGCGAAAAUGAAAUUCUGGAUUUCAAGCUUAAAUCAGUUAUGUUUGUGAAAGUCCGCUUUGGAAAUGCCAGCGACUUUAGAGACACAAGUGAAUAUAUACAAGGAAACAGAGAGUUGGCGCUUCACUAAAGUCUAAAAGACAUUGAGUGCACAAAAGAUUGCACAUUUUCAGUCUCACUCCUAAGACCGUGAAGCGAAGGCUAGCCGAAGCAAAAGUUUGGAUUUCAAUUAUGCUGACUUAAUACAUUGUACCGAUCUUUAAAGGUACUAUACACAUAUUAUACAAAUAUAGCCAUUUUUUAAGUCGAUCCAUAUAUAUAUAUCGACUUUACAGCACGACUGAGCACGAAUUUUGUAUAUCUAUGGAUUGACCGAAUCAAAGCGCUAUAUUUAUUAUAUCACUUUCUUUGGAACGAAAUAGAGACAAAAAAAAAUCAUUAUUAGAAUUUACAUGAAGACUUCUUUGCUAUAAACACAUCUUUGGAUUUUUCCUAGGUUACUUUGAGUAAGUCAAACCAAUAUCAUAAAAUUUAAUUUAAAUAUCAAGCAAACCCGUAAGAUUUCUUGAACUACACAGUAAAAAUGAUAUAACCAUAAAUGGAUUAUCAACCUAAAGGCAUGUUUAUCGGAAAAAUAAUGAGGGUUACUGAUGUGAUGCAUUGUUAAAAUCUCGAGAAAUAUUAUCAAAUAAAAAAUGCUUGUAUGUCGAUACGAUAUAUCCUGGUGAGCUUGAAAUAAAAGAUACCACAGAGUCUGACA